AUCCCGUAUAGAAAAACAAGGAACCUUUCCAAUACCACACAUCAAACUAGAACCAUCUCCUGCUACGCAAAAACAUGUUCAGGGGCUACAACUACAGGCGCGAUCACGACCAUUUCAACAACAGACCCGAAGUCCGCCAUGAAGGCAGUCUUGUUAGAGCUCCGACCUACCAUGGGGGCACUCAUGAUCACGUGGCUCCGACCUACCAUGUGAGCGCUGAACAUCAGAUGGCUCCUCUUGUCAGCGGGAGGAUCGAUUGGAAGGAGGCCUCGACUGAGCAUGUGUUCAAGGUCGAGCUUCCGGGAGUGAAGAAGGAUGAGGUGAAGGUCGACCUGCAGGACAACAGGGUCCUCAACAUAACCGCGGAGAAGUGUGUGGAUAUGGAAGACCAUGCCGACCCAUGGCACCGGAUAGAAAGGACCUGUGCCAGGUUCGUAAGAAUACUCAGGCUGCCCGAAGAUUCCAAACCCCACCAGACAACGGCGUGCAUGGAGAAUGGGGUGCUCACUAUCAGGGUGCCGAGGGAGGAGAUAAGGAUGAACCCUCAUGCCAUGUCGACCCGCAUUCCCGUUCAGUAAACAUAUAUAGCUAGUGUACAAUAUAUAUAUAUAUAUCAAACCAUGCCGCGGUGAUCACUAGCAUGCGAAAAAUAACUGGAAUCUAGCUAUAUACCGUUAAAUAAGUGGUUUGUGUUGUACCUAUACAAAUUAUAAACUAGUAAAUCAUAAAGAUAUACAUACUAUAGAGGCGGUGUUGGCGUAUUCGUGCCUCUACUAACGAGAUUUCGGUUA